AUGGUGAGCGAACCUUGCGUUCGACAUCAUACCAUCAUCGAAGGGGGUUUGCAACACCGACGGCCCUUGAGCUCGAGCAGAGCUGCACGUCAGACCGAAGCCGGACCAAAGCGCGGGGCCUUGACACUCCCCCACAUGAACGCGGUACGCGGCUAUGUUGAGUGCAUCACCGCCGGCACAAUGUUGCGAUCUGCUGUACACACGAUACAAAGCGUUCCGAUCGGAAGACAAUCCACCAUGGCAGACCUACCAAAGAGCAUUGGCUGGAUAGGCUUAGGCCUGAUGGGCUACCCAAUGGCCACGAACUUGGUGAAGAAGAUGGACCAGAACACACAGUUCUAUGUCUACGAUGUGGUGCAGGAGAGUGUGGACAAGUUUGUCAAGGAAGAAGGUGAUGGAGUACAUGCUUGCCAAAGCAGUAGAGAAGUGGCAGACAAGUCCGAUCUGAUCCUCUCCAUGGUCCCCGAAGGCUCCCACGUCCGCAGCGUCUACCUCGACGAAGCCAAUGGCGUCUUGACCUCCUCAACACUUUCAGAUAACAAAAAGAUCCUAAUCGACUGCUCCACCAUCGACACAGCCACCUCCCUCGCCGUCGGCUCCGCCUGCACCGCCCACCACCCGACCACUUCCUUCUACGACGCCCCCGUCUCCGGCGGCGUCAAAGGCGCCGAAAGCGCCACCCUAACCUUCAUGCUCGGUGCCUCCUCCUCCUCCCCGCACAAACCCCUUCUCGAAACCCUGCUCUACCUCAUGGGCGGCAACGUCUUCUUCUGCGGCGGUCCCUCGCUAGGCCUCGUAGCAAAACUCUGCAACAAUUACACUUCCGGGAUGAUUGCCAUCGCCGUGUCUGAGAGUCUGAAUAUUGGGAUUAAGAGUGGGAUGGAUCCGAGAGUGUUGGCGAAUAUUUAUCAUACGAGUACGGCGCAGAAUGCGAUUUGUGAUGAUUGGAAUCCGGCGCCAGGGGUCUAUGGGGAUGCGUUGAGUAGUAGGGGGUAUAAGGGGGGUUUUAAGGUGGGGUUGAUGAGGAAGGAUAUUGGGUUGGCGGUCGAUACGGCGGAGAGGGUUGGCGCGAGAUUGGCGCUUGGAGGCGCUGGGUUGGGGGUUUAUGAGGGUGCCACGAAGGAUGAGAGGUGUAGGGACCUUGAUUCGAGAGUUGUGUAUCGAUACCUUGGUGGAGAGGAGGAGUGGAAGAGCAGUGGGAAGUUUCCUGAGAAGGUGGAGAUGAAGAGGGAUGAGACGAGGAGGUUGAUGAGGAAGGCCAGGGAGUCGGAGAAGAAGUGA